GCCCCAAAUGAUGGCGAUUAAUUUGGAUUUAAAACGUACGGCCAGCAGGCGGCUCAUCGUCGUUCUCUACUAUUUCUUGAUCGGCAACAUCGGAAGCAGUUAUCACCAUCAUCUACCCGCCAGCAUUACCGUCCUACGCCGCAACGUAGUAAGGUUCUGCCGUGAGGUCAUCUGUGGACUGCUUCUAGCGAAGCGUUACUCGCAGAAAGCAAAAGGGAGGGAACCCAUCGGAAUACAGCUAGAUAAAUGAGGUUUUGAAGAAGCACUCACAGACAGCGAAACAGAUCUUUGAAGUAGAAGUGGCAUCGGGUGGGAACGACAUGUUUCGUAGAUCAGAAUUCACACGACGUGCGGAAAAACACAAUUCGCCUAGAGUCGAGGCCCACUAAUAUUCAAUAAUUUCUAUUGCAUACAUACCCUCUCAAUUUCUUAUUUUGACAUUGCGGAAUCUAUAAACAAUGGAUUUCAAUAACCGCGCAGAGAAAUUGUCGGUUAGCUAGUUUUACUUUUAUCUUUUCCGGUGUUUUACCCUUCAUUGUACGGUUUUUGGCUGAGUAGCACCAUGUCCUCCCGAAGCGUUUCUAGAUGAUAAUGCUCAAUUGAUUAGGAAUGAAAUUAUCACAAAGAUUUGAAAUAUUUUUCUCUCAAGGUAGAGUAAGCCUUCCAUGUUCCGGCCGCUAUUUGUCUUAGUUUCCUAUCAAUAUAGAUAGAUAUAUAGUAGACCCACGGAGGGUAGGGAUUCGCGAAAUCUACAUUAAAACAAAGAAGAUCAGCUGUAAACCAUGGAUUGCUUUUAAAAAACAUUCUUCAUUCUAUUUGCAUGUGUUUCUACAUGCACAGUGGAUGAAAUUCCACGUCUAGUUUCCUUUUUUUCUGGACGGCCUAGAACGAACAACAAUUGUACUGUCUAUUUUCAUCAAACAAUUCCCAUUCGCCUGUUUUCACCAUCAAAGAUUUGUACGCUUGUGAAUAUGCUGUUUGCAAGAACCUGCAAUGUUUCGAUAACAGUAUUCCUAAUCGAAAUAGUCGAUCAGAUCUGAAUUGUUCACCACAACACUGCGCUCACGAUGAGGAAUUAUGUCGCCAAGAACGUAAGGAACGAAAAGGCAUAUAGCGCAAAGGUUGCACGUUGAAGAAACAGCCCACAAUGGAGAAACAGAAAAAAACGGUUUUAUGUUCACUCGCGCAUGUUACUCCUUGAAGAAAUCCAUACUCUUGCAAUGGGAGGUAAGCGUUUCUUUCUUCUCUCAAUUGGAGAUAGUGGGGAUGGGUACGACAGCGGAGCGGACAUCUGUUGUGUGACUUUUUUUUUCUUGGUGCGGUUGCGUGUGCGAUUAUGAUAACUGUGAUGCGCAAACGGCAAGUCACCCGUAUUUUCGCAAAAACACGGAUGUCUGCCAGUAUCUGUGUAGCACACAUACACCACACACGAAGCUUCAAUUGCCUGGUUAUUGAUGUGUUUCCUAUUAUUUUUUAUUAUUCUGAAACACAUGCUAUUUGUUCUCUUAAUGAUAGACACUUACAUUGUUUUCUUUAUGACUUUGUUUUCUUGGACUGGUAAUUUGCAAGAAAUGCAUAUGAAAUAUUCGUUGCUUCGUUCCGUCGUGAAUACGAUUGAGCCCAGCCCUUCCCUUCUCAUCUCCACACUCUUCCUUUUUUUUAUUGAUUAAAUGCAUUACUUCUAUCGAGCGUCGUUUGCUAUAAUUAUUACAAUGCUAUGUUCAUCUAUUAUUAUUAUUAUUAAUAAUAUUAUUCUUAUACUUAUGAUUAUUAUAAAAUUAUUGAUAUUUCUACCGCAAUUCAUUGUUACGUUGUUGUUAGUUGAUAGGGGAGUGUAACAUUAAAGACCAAGGCGAAGAGAAGGAAGCAGCUCGAAAGCAAAUGGGCAAACCCACACGAAGUGUGCACUGGUCCGCCGGAGGACGAGGGAUUGGUGAUCGCGAGGGAUGAUGGAGAACGAGUAGGCAUUAGUGAAUACUUUGGUUUUGUUAAGAGUUAUUGAAGAAAAAAAACCCAUGAACAGCAGUGAGCGUUCGCUGAGUACACCCGCCAGACCUUUCUAAGUCCGCAUAGUAAUCGUCCUCCUUUUUAUUUCUCAGAAAGGAUAUACUAUUUGGGCCCUUACUUCUUCUAACAGCACAUAAUCGAUACAAACGCAGCGUAAACACAAAUGUGCUAGAUCGACAUAGGAACAUAGAAUACAAAUACAGAGGAUGGUGUGAGUAAAGAAGGUAGUUAUUAUAAAAAGUAAUUUUUGAAUCUAUUCUCAGUGAACCUUCCUCUUCCAAUGGGACAAAGAGAUGGCUAGAAAGAGGAAUGGAAGAACAGUUUGUUCGAAAAGUGAAAUGUUGUUAAAGCAGACGGAAAAAAUCCGUGUUCGGGUGUGUUGAGGCGACAAGCACAAGCUACUGCCGACAAUAGGUUGAUUGAAAGGGUAGGGACUUGAGAGCUCCUAGUUGAACCAUGCUCUCGCAAGGCGCUCUGGCUGGUGGCGCUGUAU